AUGUUCUUUCCAAGUUGAGAGAUGCGGCCAAGUUGUCCUGCAUGGAGGGUGGACAAGUGCACAUUCCCACCAUCAAGGGGAGAAAGUGUGCCUUUUCCUGCACUUCAGUUGACCUCUGUUCCCCGUCCCCUCCUCCGGUCUCUUUUCAUAUCCUUCUGCUUUCUCUCUUUUUGUCUCUCUGACUCUCAGUCUCUUUUUCUCCAGCACCCACAGCCCUUGGAGAAUGGCUCAUCUCUUUCAGUCCUGGAGAACCAGUCCUUGCGCCUGGUCUGUGUCGUCAACAGCAACCCCCCUGCCAGGCUGAGCUGGGCCCAGGGGCACCUGACCCUGUGCAGCCCGAACCCGGGGGUGCUGGAGCUGCCUCGGGUACAGGAGAGAGAUGAAGGGGAAUAUACGUGCCGAGCUCAGAAUGCAGUGGGCUCCCAGCACGUCUCCCUGAGCCUCUUGCUGCAGAGAAAAGCGUGGCCUUUAUCAGGAAGGCUGCUGGGGGCAGUCGGGGGAGCAGGUACAACGGCUCCGAUCUUCUUGGUUCUCUGCAUCAUCAUCAUCCUAGUGAGAUCCCAGAGGAAGAAAGUGACAAAGCCUUCAGUGGGCACCAAGAAUACAGGCAUGGAGAGUGCAAACGUUGUCACGAGGUCAGUGUCUCAGGGUCUCCUGAUUGAAGCCUGGGCAGGCAGCCUUCCCCCAGAUGCCGCCACGCCCUCCUUACGGGAGGAAGAAGAGCUCCAUUACACAACACUCAACUUUCACCAGACAGAGACUUGCUGCCCACAGGAACAGGUGGCCCCCUAGUAUUGAGUACUCAGAGAUCAGGAUUCACAAAUGAGAGACUGCUGAGACCCCGCCCUGGCUUGAGAGAUCUUGGCCCCUGAAGGGCAAAGAAAAAGUCAGGGGCCAAUUCCUGUAGACUUAGAAGCCCUCCAGGGGAUGAGCUGUGAGUACGACAGAAAGAACACAAGCUUUGUAAACAGAGUAUUUCAAGUGCAAAGUCAUAUGCUGUGCCUUUACCAAGUAAGCGACAGACCAAUCCCUGUCUUUCUGUGCCUCAGUUUCCUACUCUGUGAAAUAGGGAUGAGAAGCCUACCUGUAAGUUCAUGGUGAGAAAUUUAUAUAAAAAUGUAAGGGACCUAGAAUAGCAAAACAAUCUAGUGAAGGAAGAACACGGUUGGAGAACUCAGACUUUACUAUAAAGCUAGAGUAAUCAAGACACUGUGGUGUAGAACGGAAUCAAGUCCGUAAACAGAGUGUGUGUAUAUGGUCAGUUGAACAGCACCAAGUCAGUUCAGUUGGGAGAGGAGGGACUUUUCAACAAGUACUGGGAGAACAAGUAGGUCAAGGUUUAGAAACAAUGAAACUUGACCCCUUUUUCACAUCACAUGCAAAAAACUAGUCUGAAAUGAAUCGUAAACCUAAAAGUAAAAGUGAAAACUAUAAAUACUUUAUUAUUGUGCUGCCCAAUAUGGUAACCACUAGCCGCACGUGGCCCUGGAGAGGUGCUACACUUAGUAUGCAAAAAAGAAAAAAAAGAUAAAAGAUCCCAUUAACAAUUUUUCAUAUUGAUUACCUGUUGGAAUGAUAAUACUUUGGAUAUACUGGUUCUUUUAGACUAUUAUUAAAAGUGAUUUCAUUCAUAUUUCUCUGAUGAUGAGUGAUGUUGAGCAUUUUUUCAUGGCAGUUUCUUUUUAGUUUUUUUUGUUAUAGGUACCAGAAUUUUGAAAUUACAUGUUUGCUUUGCAUUAUAUUUCUAUCGGACAGCAUUGCUCCAGAAGAAAAUUUAGGAGUAUAUUUAUGCAUGUGCAUAGAUUUCUUAUAGGACAUCCAAAAUAGUAAGCAUUAUGUGUGUGUGUGUGUGUG